ACCGUUUAAACCCCUUGUGUGCGCCCGUUGUCCUUCCAGUUCCCAUCCUCCUAAUACGAUACGGCGCCUGCGCAUUCUAGGCUGCAACACAAAGCUCACCGGUACACCCAAGACUGUACAGCGCGCGCCACGAAAGCUAGAAGAAGCACUCAAAGAUACAACCGCGCUUGAUCGACCAACAACAAUCGCGGGUUGCAGCAGCACAGCCGUUUCGCCCCCAAACCGAACGCGCUUCCGAGCCUCAGGCAUAGUUCCGAUCUGCACCACCACUGAGCUGCUCGUCUUUGUUCGCCAAUUACUUCACUGGCGCACUGCUCGUUGAGCAAUAUUUGAUCACAUCUACACUUCAAUAUGCACGCCAUACGUAGACAAGCACAUCGCGUGGCUAGUAGCCCCGGUGUGGGUACCGCCUACAACCCUUUUUCCCGUGUACGAUCUCGGGAUACCACACAUCAACGCGAUGCAGAGGCAGCGCCGGACAGAUCGUAUUCCGAGGCGCAGAUGCAGCUAGGCCACGAGCAAGAUAGAGCUUUGGAGAGCGCCCAAGCAGAGAAGGAAUUUGGCGGUCCCCAUCACGCGAGCACCGAGCCCUCGCCCAUAUCGGGACGAAAUUCUUUGAAUGGAGACGCUACAGCGACCACCGACUUCGCGCCGAGCGGCAGCGCAGCGCCUAAGAAGGCAUCUGCGGAUAUCAGCGACAAGACCGCAGUCAACAAUGGUAUCGAAACGCAGACGAAUGGAUCCGUUGUGAAACAACGUGGAUGGGUAAAGAAAAUCAUCCAUGGCGGCAAGAAGGAGGAGGACUCUGACGACGACGAGGGCCGCCACGAAUCUGAGAAGCUGGACAUGGAAGAGCGCAGGAGAAGAUCGCUCAAGAAAAAGAUUCCUAUCGGCCAGCAGAUUCGAUAUGUGGUCUUUGGCGCUUGGAUCAAUGUCCUGCUUGUCAUGGUCCCCGUCGGCUUCGGGGUGUACUACACGCACAAGAUCAAUGACAUUGGUGUCUUCCUGAUCAACUUUAUUGCCAUCAUCCCAUUGGCUGCGAUGCUCAGCAAUGCUACUGAGGAGCUUGCGCUUCGCGUCGGCGAGACGCUCGGUGGAUUGCUCAACGCGUCUUUCGGUAACGCUGUCGAACUUAUCGUCUCAGUCCAGGCGUUGGUUAAGGAUGAAAUUACCAUUGUCAAGACCUCUCUCAUCGGUAGCAUACUCUCCAACUUGUUGCUUGUCCUGGGCAUGUCCUUCUUCGCUGGUGGCUUCAACCGCGUCGAGCAAUUUUUCAACAUCACUGUCGCGCAGACUGCUUCUUCUAUCCUGGCUCUUGCCAUUGCUUCACUGAUUAUCCCGACCGUGUUUCACAACAUGAUCGCCAACAUUGGCACAGGCGAACCUGGAGAUGCACAGUCAGACGCGAAGAAAAACUCAGAACUGUCUCAUGGAACAGCCAUCAUUCUCCUUUUUGUAUACGGCUGCUACCUCUUCUUUCAGCUCAAGACACACGCAACGAUGUACAAUGCGCCUAGCGAGAAGGGUGUUAAGCGCAAGCAGUCUGUCGACGGAAGCGUCGCUCGCGGCAUCGCCACGAUCGGAGCCGGCACUGCUGCUACAGCAGGCGGCGCCGCAAACCAAGACCGCCACCUACAGAACAGCAAGGAAGCCGCCGACGACGAGGAGGAUGACUUCGAAGAGCCCAACCUCACCAUGUGGGGUGCGCUCGUCACUCUCGCCAUUUCCACCACCCUUGUCGCUUUCUGCUCUGAAUUCAUGGUCUCCAGCAUCGACGGCUUCACCCGUGAAGCCGGCAUUUCGACAACCUUCGUCGGUCUGAUUCUCCUGCCUAUCGUGGGUAACGCCGCCGAGCACGCCACCGCUGUCACCGUCGCCAUCAAGGACAAGAUGGACCUCUCCAUCGGUGUCGCCGUCGGAUCCUCCAUGCAGAUUGCACUCCUCGUCCUCCCUGGUAUCGUCGUCAUCGGUUGGAUCGCUGGCAAGGAAGACAUGACGCUCUACUUCGACACCUUCCAGAUCGCGAUCCUGUUCGUCGCGGUGCUGCUCGUCAACUACCUCAUUCAAGACGGCAAGUCUCAUUGGCUCGAGGGCGUGCUCCUCAUGUCGUCGUACGUCAUCAUCAGCCUGGCAGCAUGGUUCUACCCCGAUCUGCCCCAGGGCGCGGAAAGCUAGAAUCCGCGCGUUUUUCCUGUCCUGUUCUUCUUCGCUUCAAACCUGUACAUUCCUUGCGACCACUCGCCUAGUCUCCUUGAAUAACGUUAUGUUUUUCCUUUGGGCGCGGUUACGACCUAAAUUAUUGAGCCGGUGCGGCAGGCAUCUGGCCUUGUCUUGUCUUGUGUUUAAUUCCUUGAUACCCUGCGGGAGUGAGCAUUGUACCAAUAAACGUGAUCCAGCGAGAUCUUUUCUUUGUGUGUGUGUGGAAAAUAUGAUUUUUAGUGUCAGGGUAAUUCUAUUGUUCAUCAAUGC